CGCAGAACUCGACUGGGUGGGCAGCCCGGGGAGAAGUGGGGCGGGAUAUUCUUUGGUUUUCUAUUUAUGUGCGAAGAAAGAAAGAGCUCGUGACCUGCAACAAAACGGAAAAAAAAGAAAAAGAAAGAAAAGCAAGAAAAAAUCUCGUGCUCCCUCUCUUCUCUCUUCCUCGGAGCUCAUCUUCUUGCUUGCUGAUAUAUGAAUACAGACAGAUAGACAGAUCCCGCUCUUCUUUUUUUUUGAAGUCCAGAUCUUUCUCCGACUCGAAUCAACAUCCCCAUGGAGUUGGAUCUGUGGAUCUCCAAGGUCAAGGAAGGUCAGCAUCUUAUGGAAAACGAGCUCCAGCUCCUCUGUGAAUACGUGAAAGAGAUUCUGAUGGAGGAAUCAAAUGUGCAGCCCGUUAAUAGCCCUGUUACUGUUUGUGGUGACAUCCAUGGACAGUUUCAUGAUCUAAUGAAACUCUUCCAGACUGGAGGUCAUGUUCCUGAGACAAAUUACAUUUUCAUGGGUGAUUUUGUCGAUCGUGGAUAUAACAGUUUGGAAGUCUUCACAAUUCUUUUGCUUCUCAAAGCCAGAUAUCCUGCAAAUAUUACACUUUUGCGUGGGAAUCAUGAAAGCAGGCAAUUAACACAGGUCUAUGGUUUUUACGAUGAAUGCCAGCGGAAGUAUGGGAAUGCCAAUGCGUGGCGGUAUUGCACUGAUGUUUUUGACUACCUUACCUUGUCAGCAAUUAUAGAUGGAACUGUGCUCUGUGUUCAUGGUGGUCUUUCGCCCGAUAUACGAACAGUUGAUCAGAUCAGAGUUAUUGACCGCAAUUGUGAAAUUCCUCAUGAGGGCCCCUUUUGUGAUCUCAUGUGGAGUGACCCGGAGGAGAUCGAAACUUGGGCUGUCAGUCCCCGUGGUGCAGGUUGGCUGUUUGGAUCCAGGGUGACUGCAGAGUUCAAUCACAUAAACAAUCUGGAUCUUGUUUGUCGGGCACACCAACUUGUCCAGGAAGGUCUCAAGUACAUGUUUCAAGACAAAGGCCUUGUGACUGUCUGGUCUGCACCUAAUUAUUGUUACAGGUGUGGAAAUGUUGCUUCGAUAUUGAGCUUCAAUGAGAAUAUGGAAAGAGAGGUGAAGUUCUUCACAGAAACAGAGGAGAAUAAUCAAAUGAGGGGGCCAAGAACGGGGGUCCCAUACUUCCUAUGAUGGUGGUCAAUGAUUAUUUGUGCUUGCAUGUGCAUUAGUGCUUUCCCGCCUGCCUUGUAAAUUCCGGUGGAAACAUUAGAAGUUGGUCUCCUCCCAACAAAAGGAAUUUCUGACCAGUUUAUGGGGUGAUCAAAUAUGUUGAUUACUGCUGUAAUAUGUUCGGCUGAUUAAUAGUUUUGGUGCAGUGUUUUGAAGUCCAUUGUAUAUUAUGAUUCUUGCGACUAAUGUUGCUAUCUUAUAUCUAUUCUAUUGAAUAAGCCUUGACAUUGGAAAA